AUGUUGCAAGUUAUUGCGCUGGCUGCCACCAGAAAUCCGGAGGCAUCCUCGUACGUGCAGCAGAUCGAGUCGGAAUGGGAAACUGCCAAGUCCUUCAAGGAAAUUCCGGGACCGUAUCGGUGGCAAUUGUUUCGCGGCUUCCAGAAGGGCGGGCAGUACCACGAAUGGGAAAUUAACGAAGUGACGCAGUUUGGCGACAUAUGCCUGCUGCCGGGACUGUUUAAAUUGCCCUCUAGCGUGGUGCUGUUCACUGAGGAAACCUUCGAGGUCUACCACACCGAAGGUCAGUGGCCCGUCAUAGGUGGCUCCGAGCCCGUCGUCCACUAUCGUACCAAUAGGAGGGAUCAGUUCUUCAAGGACUGCAUCGGAUUGUUCAGCAAUGGCCUCGAUUGGGGAAAACAGAGGAGCGCAGUGAACCCCGUCCUCAUGCAAUAUCGCAAUGCGGCCGUCUACCUUAAGCCGAUGCAGCGGGUUAAUCAUCAGUUUGUGAAACACAUCCGGGAAAUUCGCGACCCGGAUCUGACCUUCAAAUCGGUGGCGACGGUGGCCCUAGACAGGGAUUUGGGACUCCUCCGCCAAGCCAAUCCACCUCCCGAGGCCAAGAAGAACAUCGUCCUAAUGGAAUCGUUCUUUGUACUGGGAGUCAGACCCUCGAUAUACAAGUACUUUCCCACACCCACCUACCGAACGGUCAGUCGGGCCAUGGAUGAACUCUUCGAGAUCUGUUCGUCGUACGAAAAUAAGGCCAUAGAAAGGAUUGAGAAGAAAUCGACGCAAGGCGAGUCUAAGGAUUAUAAGAGUGUUUUGGAGCAGUUGUUGCAGGACAGGAAAUUUGCCACUGUUAUGGCCAUGGACAUGCUAAUCGGAGGAGUGGAUACUACUCCUCUCACUAUUCUUACUUCGGCCAUUUCGGGACUAUUGCUAAACCUGGCAAAGAAUCCGGAGAAGCAGCCAAAGCUCAGGAAGGAAGGGCUAAGCAAGUUACCUUCGCCAGAUAGAGAUUUCACCUUGGAGGACAUGAAAUCCCUUUCACACUUAAAGGCAUUCAUCAAGGAGUCGAUGCGUGUUUACCCAGUCGCCUUCGCAAACAUCCGAUCAGCAGGAACAGAUGUGGGUAUUGAUGGCUACCAAGUUCCUAGGGCCACACACCUAAUAAUGGCCAACAGUUGUCUACUAAACGAGGGUCGGAUCUAUCCCCGGGCAAAAGAGUUUAUUCCGGAACGCUGGCUACGCCAGAAAGAUGUGGACACCAACAGUUCGGAUGUCCUGAUGAACAACUGCAUUAGUUCCUUUAUAAAUCUUCCCUUUGGGUUCGGCCCUCGCUUGUGCGUGGGCAAGAGAAUAGUGGAUCUGGAACUCGAGCUCACGCUGUCCAACUUGGUGCGAAAUUUCCAGAUUGAAUAUAAACACCCCAUUGAGAAUCCGUUUAGAUGCACAUUUAUGUUUAAGCCUAGAAUUCCGCUUGAUUUUAAAUUCACUGAUUCGAUAUAUUAA